AUGGCGAAAUCGGCAUUCUCGAUUCGGAUGUGGCCACCCCCGGAAUUAAUGGGGAUGGAAUGCCGCGACAGUUCAAUUGGCUUUCAACCCUUGGAAUUUCUUUCUCGAUCACGAACUCCUGGGCAGGGUACAUGCAACUUUGGCCAGAUCCUGGCUUAUGGCGGUCCUCGACUAGUGAUAUUUGGAUCUAUCUGCGCCUUUGUCGUUCAAAUCAUUGUAAUUCUCGGACUUAGUGAGCUGGCAUCGGCCUUUCCGUCCGACCAAGUCGAAAAGGUUUUCUGCAUUCGUUGUCGGAUAUCCGCCGAUCGACAAGGUCCUGAUGAUCGUUGCAGAUCUUCCGGUAUCCAGAUGGUUACGGCCUCCGUUGGGGGAAUAGUCAAGUUUUGGCACACAGAGUAUAUGGCGGCCCAAUGGCACAUAUACCUGAUAUAUCUUGCUAUAUCACUGCUCACACGUGAGGAUCACUGUCCAAGAUGGCAACUCGGAGUAGCUAACCCACUAGUGAUACCGAUAUUCUUGGCUCCGAGUAAAGUCAACUGGACGGCUCAGACGGCUCUCUUCCUAUCCCUUACGGGCAUGGCCCUCAUUAUCAUUAUCACACUGGGUAUGUGCCAGGAAAAACAACCAGCAUCUUUUCUGCUGCAACCUGGAUACGGGAGAUCUGGCUGGAACGAAGGUACUGCGUGGAUGCUGGGCGUGAUGAAUACGAUGUAUUCUAUGACUGGGAUCGAUGCUGCUAUUCACAUUAGCGAAGAGCUCCCUCAACCAGAGAAGCGUGUUCCUCAGGCCAUGACAAUGAGUGUAAUUCUGAGUCUCGCUACCUGUCUUCCAUUGUCUGUUGCACUGGUGUUCUGCAUGUCCGACAUGGAAGCGGUUGUGAACUCGGAACUCCCAAGCUUGGAACUGAUCUAUCAGGCGUAUGUAUUUGAGCUGACCUCUUUGAUAAACUAAUCCUAACUGCUAUGUUCAGCACCAAGAGCAAAGGCGUUACUACCUUUCUGUCAGUGUGGCUCUUGAUUGUCUAUGCUGCAAGAUACUUUGCCAAAGUUGACGACAAGCUAAAGUUCCCUGUUCGUACCACGGUCGCUAGCUUUGGCUUUGUCGCUAUCUAUAGCCUGCUAUACUUGGUUUCCUCAGGCGCUUUCAACAUUAUUACCAAUAGUGCGAUUCUCUUCCUCCACAUAACUUACGUGGUACCUCAGGGAAUAGUUUUGAUUUCAGGAAGAGUGCGCACACUACCACGUCGAUAUUUGAACCUCGGCUGCCUCGGCUAUCUCUGCAACGCCUUUGUCAUCUUGUGGAUUGUUAUACUUGGAGUGUUUGUCUGCCUGCCCCUUGGGUUACCGGUAGAAGCCGAGUCGAUGAAUUAUACAUCUCCCGUGCUAAUUGGUCUGUUUGGCCUUGUGAUCAUGUUGUGGUAUGGGCUAGGAAGGAUAGCAUUUCAGGGACCCCAGAUUGACAGGGGCAUUAUGCAGGAGGUAGAUUCUGGUCUCAAUCAGCAAGUUAUAUUUGAUACUCUAUACCGUGAGCGGGAACAGACGGUCUGGAUACUGCUUCGAGGUCUGUACGACAGUGAUAAGAGAGACUCUCCGAUAGACAAAGUGUGUCCUGAGUACAGACCCCGUCAUUCCGAGACAUUGAACGGGUGCAAUGUAACUCGGGCAUUCACUUCGGAAAGGUGGCAUAAAUGUUGCCUGCGUCAGAGUGGCAUCAACCGCCCUUUUGCUACAAAGAUCACCCCCGUCCCCUCCCCUUUCCCCUCCUAUUUAUUCCUUGUACGAUUUCAUUUCAUCCACCAUCUCCGUCCCUCCCUCUUUCCCCUGCAGGACAUAACCACUUCUUUAGAAAGUCUGCUACGCCUCGCAGCUUGUUCCAUCAACAAGCAAGCCGCAUACUCCAGACAACGCUCAAAUCCCACCGUGGACUCACAUCUCUCUAGCCAAGAAUCGCUCCCAGCCAUGGAUGCUCACCUUGAUCUCACUCUGCCUUCGACCUGCCCGGAACUUCACCAAGGCAGUAAUGCCAACUGGGACGAUGCCUCUUUUGCUCUCUAUUCCAUGGUCGGACUGUCUUCCGAGGACUUGGAUAAGCUUACCACCGCCUUAAACCGGGAGUGGAAGCAGGAGAUGACUGACGAAGCGAUGCCGCUUGUUCGCACCCCUACCGUGUACGACUUCAAAGGGGAAAGCCUCCGAGACGUUGUCCGGGCUCAUGUGGAGCUGGACAAGGAAUUCACUCCGCGUGAUGAUGGUGGUGCGGAAGGCGACAUUCAUUGGUACCCCACGGCUUUUGUCGUUGUCACCACUCGCGAGUGGGAAGAACAAGGACUCUUGUUGGUGUACGCGGGCGUCGAGGAGAAGGAAUGUCCCAUGGACAAGUUUUUUUUCCACAUCGACGUCGCUAAUGUCAUGUUGUCAAACUUUGAAUUUCGGCGACGCAGGGCCCUCAUCAUGCAAGUUCAAUUGGGAAUUAGGGCAUGGAAUGAUAGCUGGCAUAAAAUGAUAGCUUAG